AUGAAAUUAAUAAUUUUAAUUUUAUUUACCAUUUUUUUAAGUUUUAGUGCAGCAUCUCAAGUAUAUACCCAAUUCGAUACCGAUGCUUGUUCUAAACAAAGUGUUGUAAAUAUUGGAGAAUGUACAUUGUAUGAAACAUGCAAUGUAAAUUUAAAAUAUGUAUAUAAUUCAUUAAUUGGUAACUAUUCACUAUUGGUUUACGCUUUAGAAGAUACUAGUUGCUUAACUUUACUUGAAAAUGCUUCUUUCAAUUGUACUGAAAAACCAAGUGAUAUUGGCGCUGUUAUUGUCCAAUGCCAAACCCCAGUUACCUAUGUUUACUAUCAAUCAUUUUCUAUCAAGACUAACUCAGAAUGCACAGUAGAUAUUAAACUUGAUACUUGUAAUUCAAGUUGUUUAGGAAAUGUUAAGAUCUCAAAAGACGAUAUGGUUUUAGAAGGUUACUCAUACUCCAUUUAUAAUAACAGCAAUUGUGAAAACGAACCAAAAACUGUCGAAAAUUUCAAAUGUUUGGCUAAUAAUAAAGAUAUUGAAUUAAAUGGUGUAACUCUUUACUGUGGAGAAAAAGAAACUCCAUCUCCAUCCCAAAAUGAAACCUCAUCCCAAAGCCACACCUCAUCGGAAAGUGGUUCAUCAGGCUUCCCAUCAGCUGUUUUUUCAGUUGUUUUAAUUGUCACUGUAACUUUAUUAAAUCUCUUUUUUUAA